AUGGUCUUUUUCGGUGCAACUCUGGUACGACACAUUCGGCACCACAAGUCGGCGGCAUUUCAGAUUGCAGAGUCCGCCAUUUUAGCUAAGAAAAUAACCCUAGCUUCGUCAGCGAGCACCGGUAACAGAGGUCAGUUGCAGUUUGGAAUUCAGUUUGUUCGCGAAUAUUCGAGAGCGUCGAAAAUGAGUACUUUGCCUAGAGUAUUUUUCGAUAUGACCGCCGAUGGGGAGCCCCUCGGUAGGAUUAUCAUGGAGCUGCGCUCCGAUGUGGUACCCAAGACUGCCGAAAAUUUCCGUGCCCUGUGCACUGGCGAGAAGGGUUUCGGCUACAAGGGCUCCAUUUUCCAUCGCGUUAUUCCCAACUUCAUGUGCCAAGGAGGCGACUUCACCAACCACAACGGCACUGGCGGCAAGUCCAUCUACGGCAACAAGUUCCCCGAUGAGAACUUCCUGCUGAAGCACACCGGCACUGGCAUUCUGUCGAUGGCCAAUGCGGGCGCCAACACCAAUGGAUCCCAGUUCUUCAUUUGCACCGUGAAGACCGCUUGGUUGGACAACAAGCAUGUUGUCUUCGGCGAGGUUGUUGAGGGCUUGGACAUUGUCAAGAAGAUUGAAUCUUUUGGCUCUCAGUCCGGCAAGACCUCCAAGAAGAUCAUGGUGGCUAACAGUGGUUCUCUUUAAACAGCAACAACAACAAAAACAACAACAAAAUCCAAUAACAACAACACCAUUACAACAACAAAAAGCGGAAAAAUGUGUUAAGACGAAAACCAUUUGCAUUUUCUCCAUAACAAUUUUUUUUACGAAUUACUUGUAAUAUUACGAAAUACAAUACAACAAGAAAUAAUAUUUUCAAUAGACCUUGUUCGAAUGUUUCCCCCAGUGGGAUAUCACUCCCA